AUGUCGUCCGGAACAGCAAAGGCCUUCAGCAAGAAGUUUUCAGAGCUCCGCUGCUCACGCACUUUCAUCAUCUGCACAGUUGCCAUCGCAGUGUUCGUAGACAUGUUUCUAUAUAGUCUUAUUAUUCCUAUCCUACCUACUCUGCUCACCGAACGGGCACAAGUCACCUCGAGCAAAGUCCAAGUUGCUCUUGCCGGCCUUCUUGCCGCCUAUAAUGUCGCGAUCGUCAUCUGCGCUCCCAUUAGCGGCUAUUUUGCAGACAAAUGGUCUAAUAGAAAGAUGCCACUAUUAGGUGGUUUGUUCGCCCUAGCUGGUGCGACGGUCUUAUUUACAUUAUCAAAGAACCUGGGCCUUCUCUACCUGGCACGCAUACUCCAAGGAGUUUCCGCAUCAAUCGUCUGGGUUGUUGGGCUCGCCUUGCUCGUCGAUGCCACUGGCUCAGAAGACAUAGGCUCUGCAAUGGGCUGGAUCUCGCUAGGGCUAUCUCUUGGGGAUACCUGUGGGCCACUUAUUAGUGGCGUUGUGUAUGAGCGAGCUGGCCACUAUGCGGCAUUCAGCGUAGCCUUUGCUGUAAUCACCGUGGAUAUAAUCCUCCGAUGCCUUCUUCUUGAACCUCAGUCACAAGAUGCCUCAACGCCGGAGGAGGUUCAGCCAGGUCAAGAUUCGGCACCCCAAAGCAUAGAGUCCUAUGUCUUAGAGGGCAGGUCGAACAGAUCAGCAGAAGGUGUGCCCCAGCUUAGCGACAAUGAGUCCGGACUCGAACACCGGCAGGAGAAAGACGUUCCUCAAGGGUCCUUCAACAUCUUCAAACUCCUCAAAUACCCCGACAUGCUUUGCAGCCUCUGGUGUAUUUUUAUGAUCACGGUUGUGCUGACUGGUCUUGAAGCUGUCAUACCAUUACACAUUGAGUUGGCUUUUGGGUGGUCUUCUCAAGGCGCCGGUCUGAUUUUCGUCUCGCUCGCAAUUCCAAUCUUCCUAAGUCCACUUAUCGGCAUGCUAUCUGAUCGCUUUGGCUCUCGUCCACUAUCUGCAGCCGGACUCCUCCUGGCAACAGUCUUUGGGCCACUUUUGGCUCUCAUUCGGUCUUUCAGUGUCGGCCGGGUCGUCCUCCUUGUGUUCUUUCUUGUGGUUAUCGGACUAGGUAUUAGUCUGGUUAUGACACCUGAAAUGGCCGUAAUUUCGAUAUUUUCCAACUCCAAAGCGAAAGAAAAGCCCAACGAGUUUGGUCCAGGAGGCGCUACUGCACAAUGCUGCGCCUUAACGACCAUUGCAACUGCUACGGCAGGUUCAGUCGGGCCUCUUAUUGCGGGUACCAUCCAGUCGAUUUCAGGGUGGACUGCAACAUCUAUAGCGGUUGGGGCAUUUGCCGCUCUCGGACUCGUCCCUGUCCUCCUCAAGGCGACUUACGACCGGAGUUUUAGUCAGCCAAAGGCCGAGGACACAGCUACAAGUUCUGCAGAGACAAGAGAUAUCGACACGACAAGGGCGCCUAUGUGGGGCAGUAAGUGA